ACCUCCGCAAUCUGCAUGGACUUCCGCCUUUGACGCGUCAUCGGUCUGUGGAUGACGUCCCACGCCAACAGUCCCGUAAAGGAAGAAGUAUUCUUUACUGCUAGAAACGAUGCAACACGUCAAGAUGCGUGCUCCACACACGCUUUAAAGCGAAUGGAUACAUAGGUUGUGACGGUAAUUAAGCACAUACUACAAAACUGUAAAGACCAGAACACCAACUAGAGAUGGUUCUGCCCCUCACGGUCUGCGUUUGUUUUCGAUGUCAUACGGUAAAAGACAAAAGUCGGGAGAACAACGUGAAUUUGGAAGCGCCCUCCUCUGAAACUCCCUGCUGUCCAGGUGAUGCGCCCACAUAGGCGGUAUCCAGCCAUGGAGAAGCUGAAGGUUUAUUUGUUUUCCAUAUUUUUGGUUUUCGUGGUUUUUGCGCAGUCGCUGUUUUUUAAAAUCCUCUCCGUAGUCUCGCCGACCCUGACGAAGACCAUUUUGCUGAAGCUGGGCGAAAGGUCCACAAUGACCCAGAACCCCAACUUCAGAUAUGAAGACUGGGGACCUACGUUUUAUCAGCUCGCUUUUCCUAAAGCCGUGCUCGCUUUCCUCAGGAAAAGUCUCAGGGACGAAGCGUUUGUAGGUCAUCCUGCACCGGACACCGCUGUACUGACCUUGGAAAGGGAAAAGACGAGCGUUUGUAGCUUUAUGAGAGGCGACAGACCGCUGGUGCUGAGCUUCGGAAGUUGUACCUGACCCCCGUUUUUAUUCAAACUUGAGGAGUUCAAGCAGCUUGUCUGAGACUUCAGCGCUGUGACAGACUUCCUCAUCAUCUAUAUAGCCGAGGCGCAUGCGACAGACGGCUGGUCUUUUAAAAACAACAUUGAUAUCAAAACCCACAGGAGUCUGCAGGAUCGCCUGGCGGCGGCCCGCAGGCUCCUGCAGGAGGGUCCCCUCUGCCCCGUCGUCGUGGACGACAUGAGCGACGUGACGGCGUCGCGCUACGGGGCUCUGCCCGAAAGGCUCUACGUGCUGCGGUCCGGGAAAAUCAUAUACAAGGGUAAAAUGGGUCCCUGGGGAUACAAUCCAGGAGAGGUGCGUGACGUUCUGCAAAAGCUGAACUAGGAGAAUCUUGUUUUCUUCUAUUUAUUGUGCCUUGUUUGCUCAAAAGAAACACAAGAUGGGUUAAAAACAAGAGGAGGCAAUUCGGUCCAAAUACCCCGCUGGCUAAUUCAGACCUAAUGAACUCAAGGAUCUCAGUUUCGUGACGGACGUCAGGGUGUCGGCUUCUGAUGGCUGUGUAGCUUGUUCCAUACUCCCAGAGCGCUCUGGGUUAGGAGGUGCCUCCUGCACUCGGUUUUGAAUGCACUUCCACAUGGUGGAAUAGUGGUGCGUUGUUUUGAUAAGGGCUUUUUAAAGAAAAUGCAAGAGUCAUGUGCAAUAAAAAAAAUAGCAAAGUAACUUGUUGUAAUAACAGCAAACACAUAACUGAAUACACUUGAAAUCUCACUACAAUGAUCCUUACACAUUUUAACAUUUUAUCACAAUUUCAACAUGUUGAUAGUCACAGAGUCUCGGAGAUGAAGGAAAUGUAUUCCAAGGGUGGUGUGGGGCAGCUAAUAAAAGGGAAGCAUUCUGACACGUUUUUCUGUUUUCUGUGCUUUGUGCUUGAUGGCAGCAGUAGAAAACCUUCAGUCGCUGUAACCUGAUUGCCCAAAAUACAGAUCAGAUAAGCACAGACACUGGUCAUACCUGCCUUAAUAAUGAAUGACAUGGUGCCUAGACUAUGCAAGCAGUCCUAUUUAAUAUUAAAGGACGGCUCUAAUUAAAAUGCACAGAAAAAUGUAAAUACACAUUUAAGCAUGGGGAGAUAGAGGAAAAAAAAUAAAUGGACGUAUGUUUCUUUCCACAGUAAUACUUGUUAAACUUUUUUCAUCACAGAGAAUCCCACAGUGCUUUGCACAUGAGAAGGGGCCCAUUUCAGUGCCCAUUUAGGUGAAAUAUCCAUGUGUGUAACACAUGGUAGCCAGUGGGAGCUAGCAGCCCAGAUUGUGCAAGCCCAGAGUGGGGAUUUAAUCAGCACACCAGGAGGCUUCUUGAGGGCCAAUUAAUUAGGACUUUAAAUGUGGAAUGAGUUAAGUCGGGGAUGCAACCGAGAUCCAGCUGGUUGCCAACUGAGAAGACCUGGCCAGAUUUGGAGGAUUAUGAAUAACAUCUUAAGAAGAAGAACUUCAACUUCGCUUAAAAUAUAUUUUGUAUUGUGUAAGCAGCCUCCCUGUUAACCUAUUGGUAUGCUUUCCUGUGUCCUGUACUAUGCUUCAGAUCCACUGCAUACCAACUACACCCCACAUGAGCUAAAUAGAUGUACUGGGGCAGGGGUUUACAGUAAUUAUGAGCAUUCAUUACUGGGUUUAAGGUCCAAGUACUCAAAGUGAAUGCUAUGCAAAUAAAAACUUCUACCAUAUUUUUUCAUUGCAAGGUGCCUUUCAGACACUGUGGUGGAGUAAGGAAAGAUUAUGAGUGUUUGAGCUGUUAAAAUGACAUGAGGUAGCAAUACUGGUCAACAAUGUCAUGGCUGGGUAAUUUUCUCCAUACUCCUACAAACCAAAGAUGAGAUUUUGUUGAGUGGUUUUGGGAUAUUGCUUUGUGAAUCUGCUUCUAAUAUGGUUUUUUUUAAAUGUUUUCUAUUGUUGUACUGGAUGCCAAUGCUCCUUGUUGUGUUGUGUUCUUUUCUGGUUUUAUAUGUGAUGGUUACAGCUAAAAUCCUCGGAGUGUUGUAACCUGAAGGCUGAAAACGGAAAAUGACAAGACAAUGGAAGAGCAUGGGUCAUUUGGAUACUAUUUUUGACUAUUGCCCUGUGACUUGCACAAAUGUUUUCAUUUUCUUUUAUAUGCAUUGUUUCAAUAAAUGUCAUUUCUAGCUAUGUUUUGCUUUUCAUUGUUUUUUUGUUAUAAAAUAAA